AUGGCUCGGAACAUCUCGCUGAAUUUCCGCGUGGUGGAGGGACGGGACCUGCCGGCCAAAGACGUGUCUGGCAGCAGUGACCCCUACUGCAUUGUCAAGGUGGACCAUGAGGUGGUGGCCAGGACAGCCACUGUGUGGCGAAACCUAAAUCCGUUCUGGGGAGAAGAGUACACCUUGCACCUGCCCCUGGACUUCCAUCAUUUGGCCUUCUAUGUUCUGGAUGAAGACACCAUUGGGCACGAUGACGUCAUUGGCAAGAUCUCCCUGAGCAAGGAGGCCAUUGCAGCGGCAAGUCCCCGAGGGAUCGAUAGCUGGCUCAAUCUGAGCCGCGUGGAUCCUGAUGAGGAGGUGCAGGGGGAGAUCCACCUGGAUGUGAAGCUCUUGACAGAAUCCCAGGGACCUCGGCUCUGCUGCCACAUCAUCGAGGCUCGAGAUCUGGCUCCCCGAGACAUUUCUGGCACGUCGGACCCCUUUGCCCGCAUAUUCUGGGGCAGCCAGAGCCUUGAGACGGUGACCAUCAAGAAGACUCGGUUCCCCCACUGGGAUGAAGUAUUAGAGCUUCAUGGAGAGGAGGGCCCCCUCCGGGUGGAGGUGUGGGACUGGGACAUGGUGGGCAAGAACGAUUUCCUGGGAAUGGUGGAGUUUCCUCCUGAUGUCCUUCUCCAGUGCCCUCCCCGUGGCUGGUUCCGCCUACAACCCUUUGCCAGUGCUGAAGAGGAUGCUGGGGGUAAGCUGGGAGCCCUCCGGCUCAAGGUGCGCCUGGCUGAGGACCGCAUCUUGCCUUCUGUGUACUAUCAACCCCUGGUUGAAUUGCUGGUGGAAUCUGUUCUGUCUCCAGCCCAGGAUGACACGGUGACUCCUUUGGCCAUGUUGGAUGAAGUGAGCUCUGGGGAGAGUCGACAGGACAUUGCAACGCAACUGGUGAAAAUAUUCCUGGGUCGGGGUCUGGCUGUGCCCCUUCUGGACUACCUCAACCUUCGGGAAGUGUCCCAGACCACGGAUCCUAAUACCCUCUUUCGCUCUAACUCUCUGGCCUCCAAGUCCAUGGAGCAGUUCAUGAAGUUGGUGGGCACACCUUAUCUCCAUGAGGUCCUCAAACCUUGUGUCAACCGCAUCUUUGAGGAGAAGAAAUACAUCGAGUUGGAUCCGUGUAAGAUAGAGCUGACCCGGACCAGGAGAAUCUCCUUCAAGGGCACCCUGUCGGAGGAGCACGUGCGGGAAAACAGCCUGGGGUUGUUGACAAGCUAUCUGGGAGAAAUCCUGGAGGCCAUCACGGGCUCAGUGGACAAGUGCCCUCCGGCCAUGAGAGUGGCCUUCCGACAGCUGCACCACAGGGUGAAGGAGCGUUUCCCUGGGACUGAGCAUGAGGAUGUGAAGUAUGUGGCCAUCAGUGGUUUCCUCUUCCUCCGAUUUUUUGCUCCGGCCAUCCUUACCCCAAAGCUCUUUGACCUCCGGGACCAUCAUGCCGAUCCCCAGACCAGUCGCUCCCUGCUGCUACUUGCCAAGGCUGUCCAGAGCAUUGGCAAUCUGGGCCAGCAGCUGGGCCGGGGCAAGGAGCAGUGGAUGACGCCCCUCCAUCCCUUCCUGCUCCAGAGCAUCACAAAGGUGAAGGAUUUCUUAGACAAGCUGGUGGACGUCGAGGCUGAAGGUGCCCUGGAGGCCCAGCCAAGGCUCCUGUUUUCCCCGUCGGUGGUCAUCAAGGAAGGCUACCUGCAUGUGCGGAAGGCUGAGGCCGGGGCCCUCGUCCCCCGCUUUGCCUUCAAGAAGAGGUACUUUUGCCUUAGCAGUGAGAACCUCUCCUAUUCCAAGGCUCCCGAGUGGCAGGUGCGGACCUCCAUCCCAGUGUGCAGGGUGUGUGCCGUGGAGAGGGUGGACGAGAACGCCUUCCAGCAGCCCCACAUGAUGCAGGUGGUCACCAGGAGCCGCGAGGGGCAGCUCGAUACUCUGUACAUCCAGUGCAAGAAUGUGAACGAACUGAACCAGUGGUUGUCGGCCAUCCGCAAAGCCAGCAUCUGCAAUGAGGGCAUGCUGCCUUCGUGCCACCCAGGGGCGUUCCGAGGCAACCGCUGGACUUGCUGCCUCCAACAGGACCGCACAGUCCAGGGCUGCAGCCGCACGCACUCGGCCGUGACCCUGGGAGACUGGAGUGACCCCCUGGACCCUGAUGCAGAGGCCCAGAUGGUGUAUCGGCAGCUGCUUCUGGGGAGAGACGGGCUCAGGAAGAAAUAUAUUGAGUUUUCUGAGGCGGGGAUCAAACUGGAACAGAAAGUGACCCAAGGCCAGAGCGGCCAGGAAGGAGAGAAGUCUGCUGUUUCUGAGCCUCAAAGAGCACACACGGCUGCAGCAGCUGCCCAUCUCCUGGCUGUGAUCGAAGACCUGGAAAAGGCCCACAAGGCCUUGGAGGAGCAAGAGAAGGAGCAAGCAGGGGGAGGUUCCCUUCAUCCCUGAGGUCUCCAUCCUUCAGUCUGGGCCAUCGCCUUCAACCCAGAGUCCUGGGACACUUUUUGUUG